AUGCAGGACACAUUAAAAAAGUCCGUGGAGGAGUUUAGAGUAUAUUCUGAACGAGCCAAGGUGCUAUUCAACGAGACAAUUCAAUGUUUAGAAGAAAUGGAGAACCAAGCGAAGCUGAGCAAAGACGCCAUUACAAGCAUGUUUUCUUCAAUAAGUAUGGAAGAGAUCCGACGCGCCUUGAACAAAAGGCCUGCAGUGGUGUUCAUUGGUAAUAGAAAUUGUGGCAAAAGCGCAAUACUAAACGAACUUUUGGGUGGUUCGUAUCUUCCUGUUCACGAAACACCGUGUACUUCCCGCAUUGUCAAGAUCGGUUACACACCGAAUCAGAAUAGAGUCCGAGCUGUUGACAAAAUGGGCCAAGAAACCAAACCAUGGACUGUAUUCAACAAGAAGGUUCCUAAAGACUAUGUCGUGGCCAGUGAUGAAGACAGAGAUCAGUCUCAACAGCUUAGGUGGACUGUGGAAAUUGCUUUGAAUCAUCCCUUUCUAAAGAGCGGUAUUGAGUUGAUCGACUCCCCAGGAAGAAAUGAAAAUGAUGCAUUGGAUGAUGUGGUGGAUACGUUCUUUGAGAAGGGGACAACUCCACUUGUUGUAUACAUCAUUGAUGGAAACGAGCAACUGAGGCCAUCGGUAAGUGUAAGAAAAUAAAUUUGGUUAUGAAAAAGUCAUUCUCGGAAAAUAUUAAUGAGGAAGUCGGGAGUUUGCAUUCAGCCGGAAAUACUGGGUAGCUCGACUUUGCUACAGUGUGGCAACGAUUUGUUAUGUCUCUCAUUUUUUCAAACGGUUGAUUAAUAUAUUAGAGAAGUCAAUAAAACAUCCUGGGUAAUACGACCCAGAUCUAUACCCUCAGUUUAAUGGAGCCGUUCGUCCCAAAUAGACAAAAUAAUGGCAGCUACGAGAGUGGUUAUUCUUAACUUCUCUCUUAGCAGAAUGCAAUCAAGAACGAAGGUAGAAAUUACUAGAGGUCAGUGGGUUUACUUAAAGUCGAAAGGCGCGGUAAUCAUAUAGGCGACACACUAAAAGCAUGGGUCUUAGGGUAGACCAUUACCUAAUAUUUUCAGAAACGAGGACCUUGAGAACCCGGAAAUACCACGGAAAGCGCAUCAGAGCGUUACCAUACUUGUCCCCGUGACAUACCCGUGUAUGACCACAGGCAUCCCAAGCUCACGUUACGAGUGUGUUAUGUAUUAGCUUUCAUGAGAUUCGGUGUCGCGUUACAAGCAAUUGACGAAUUUACACCAAAAACCACAGCAAUAAAUGAAAGGUAAGUCUCCUUUUAUUUAUUUUAUAGAAAAAUAAGUAAGAAUAAUGAUAUUUAGCGUUCGCAGACCUCAGUAUUUUAUUUCUCAUACACAAAUUCUCAACGGUUGCUUGUAACGCGACACCGACUCUCUUGAAAGUUAAUUAACAUAACACACUUGUAACGUGAGCUUGGGAUGCCUGUGAUAUGAUACUAAAACUUUGAACAACUCGAACUCCUUUUGCGGAUCCCAUGUUGCAGUUUUUGCUGGAUCGCUCCCGGCCUCACUUUAUACAUAGACAUCGCCUCCAAUAGUCUACGUUCGAUAUAUUAAAAUUCUAACAUGACUCCGAGGCUUUAGGGUCAAAAUGGCAAAUUUUUCUCGACUCCAUUGUCUCGCAAUUCCCAGAAGAGACUUCAGCACGAGAACAAGCCAAACUAAAAAAACUGACGAGAAAGGUUCCGAAUGAUGUUAGAAUUUUAAUAUGCCGAUUGUGAGCUAUUCUCGGUUUUCACUGUCACGCAAUCAAAAAUAAAAUUGCAAACCAUUCGAUACAGAAAGUCCCGAAUCUUGGAAAUAAAAGAAGAUAAAUAAGCAAAAGACCUUGCCAAGAAUCAGGUCUGUGCGAUAUUUCAUAUGCGAGAUAUUAGGAAAAACGUUUUACCCAAAUUUAUAAAGCUUUGUAUGGAGGCGCCAUGUUUGUGUCCCUUUGAGGGGCACAAAUAUGGCCGCCGGAAACCAACAGAAACAUCUGUUUUUGAGUUUUCCUACUAAUGCGUUAAUUCAUCGCUUAAAAAACUCAUAAACUAUUAAAGUGAUAUUUAUUCUGACAGAAGGAAUGUUUAGAUAGCAAAAUCUCCCAAAACUGGUAAUGUUUUUAACCCACAGAAGAGCAGUCCCGGCCGCCAGCUAAAUGCCGCGUCACGCAAAAGCCUAGAAAUUCAAACGUCCUCUAUCGCAAAACGAAGAACCCUUUCGAACCAAACCUCUGUUUAAAUAAAGGUGUUUAGGUGCUGUAAUACCUCAUGAAACUCAGAAUCUCAGAAGAAUCGAUAGUUUCUUAGUUUGAAUUUUGAUGACGUCAUGUGAAAACCGAGAAUUCUAGAACCUUAUGCCCCUUUAUGAGGGGUAGGGUGAGGGAACGCGGAACCUUGACAACGGUCUCGACGCAACUCGGAAUGCUAAUGAAGGGUUAAUGAAUGGCUCGCAGUUUUGUAGCGAGAAUGAAUAUCACUGGUGCACCAGCUAGGGCAUACAGCAGUCCGUGCAUUGCAGAGGUAUAUUGCACAGGCAUGUAUUGCCAGGUUAAACAUGAGAAGAUGACCAUAGCUUAUCAUAUGAUAUCAAGAUCGUAUUAAGCCCUUUUUGCCUAAAAAAGUAAUAUUAAAGCCAGUAGUAUCGCAACCUUUUUCUUUCUUGCAGGACCGUGACACAAUUCGUUAUAUACAAGAUUCGUAUCCGCAGCUGUCGUUUAUGUUCGUGUGUAACAAGAUAGACACGUCUGCAGAAGCAAAAAAAUUCGACUACAGCAGAGAUUCUGAUGAGAGCGAUUCGGAAGGCGAAGAAACGACGAUAGAAUUCGACAAGCAGAGAACUGUCUUUUCCCAGUUACAAAAUGACGGCCUCAUAGAUGAUAACGAUUCGUUUGAAACAUGUGGCUGCUUUUAUGGCAUAUCAGCACAUGAUGUCCGAGUAGAAAGAUUAAACAAGAGAGGUGGCAAAGCAACAGAGGCUUUCGCCAGGUUUGAAGAGGGGUUGUUGGCGAUUUUGGACGAAACUGUCAAACUACAGGCCAAACAAGUGGUUAGCAAGCUAAUUCUCCUCCAAAUGGCUCUUGUUCAGGCCAUGAAAAGGACAAGGCAGACUCUAACAGGUACACUCUUCGGAAGUUCAUUAGACUAUGAUGCCGCUAAAAGUAUCGGAAAAUCAUUGCAUAGCGCACUGAUGUCCGCUGUUGCAGACAAAAACAAACUACUGGGAAUGUCGGUAAACUGCAGUCUCAUAAAUCUUGAAGAAAGAUUCAUGUCGGUUGCAGAAUCAUAUAAAUAUCGUGAAAUACAGAGUGCUUUGACAGCGCCUGUAGACGCGCGGACGUAUUAUCUACUUCUUGUGGGGAACAACGAGGAUGAAGAAAAACCUGAGUUCUCCCCUCAAAACGAGGACGUCCCUUUCCUGCUGUUCUUGGUCGGCAUGAAAGUAGUGAUCCUGGAUAGGACCUUUAAUGUUUUAAAACGUGUUGUUGAAGAGUUCUUAAAAGGAAUAACCGACCACGUUCAAAUUCAUUCAAGACGAAUUUGCAAUCCACUCAUAGAAGUUGCAUACAAGGUAGCGUAUGGAUCAGGGCCGCCUAAAACAGAGAGCUCCGCCAUGCCACAAACGGAAGUUGGCGGUCUAAACAUCAUAAAAGGGACGGUAAUUCUUGCCAUGAGGAAAAUCUUGAAAAGGCUGUUGAUGGAAGGGGUAAUUUGCGUGGUGACUGAAUGGAGAUCUCCCUCUGAUGCGCAAUUAAAUCUAGAGGACCGGCAAAGUAGAAGAAAAAUUAUGGAAAUGUUGUGUUCAAAAUUAAACAGCAAAGCCAUCUCAGAGUCAAUUUGUGAUGCCUGUACGAAAAUUUUGGAAGUAAUGCACGAAGUUUUCUUUAAAGUAAUUGAUGAUCUCAGUCAAGUGAGCGACCUCGCCUUAACCAAGACCUCUAAACAAAUGGAGGAAAUGGCAACCUUGUAUGUUCCCACAGUGAGGCACCUGGUCGUGAAAGCUCUCGCUUUGCAGUUCCUGUUAACCAAGGGACCGCUGCUACUGGGUCCAGUUUUGAAAGUCACAAAACAUGGGCAGCUUCAUGAGUGUGCUGGUUGGGUAGAUGAAUCGACCAGUGGCGCAUGCGUGAUGAAAGUGAUCAAAGAGGAAGAGGUGGAGGCAGAAGUGUGGGCACAGACCUCAAUAGACCUCUUUAACACCAUGUAAGCAACAAUUUAGUUUUGAAGUGACAAAAUUUUGCUCAUUAAAGCUGCCAUAGCUAUAGCAAUUACUACGGACACUGUAAGAGUUGCUGUAACUAUUGCGGUUUCCAUCACUUCAAUGCGUCAUGACAUUACUAUCGUUAUUGCCUUUUACCACUUCACAAUGUCAAUAUCUUUGUCAUUCGAGGCCGCCCAGAGUAGUAUACUAGUAGGGAUGCAAUGAAUCUUUUUGACGCAGGAAUAUAAUUAACGCCAAUGUGCUGAUGGUGGUGGUGGAGGGAAACAAUUAAAAUGUCGAGAAGCAAAAAAAAGAGAGUAGGGAAAGUAAAAAAUUAUCUUGGGUGGUAGAAUUAGCUGAUUGACAAUUAUUGGGCGAGGUUGAGCAAAAUAUCGUGAUUUGUCUGUGGCGAGCAGAUCAAUUGAGACACUGACAAAUCACGAUAUUUUGCGAUAAUCGAGUUCAAUAAUUGUUUUAUCAUUCGAUCACCGAGUUUUUUUUAAAUGAAUAUCCUUGGGAAGCGAAGCGAUCUGCCAUUUUCACGCAAGAGCGAUCGCAAGAAGGAGAAUAGUACGGUUUCCUUUGCGCAUGAGCAGAAUAUUAUUUGCGGCCAAACACUUGGACGGCAUUGCACAUGAGCAGACCAUCAUUUGUAGGCAGUUAUUUGCAGGUCAUGUGGUGGGCUCUCGGCCAAUAAAAAGAAAGAAAAAUUUGCUUCGAAUGAUAAUUUGCUUUCUUCCUCAUUUAUUAACUAAGCACGAUUUGCGUGCCAUGAAUCAGUGAACCUGGACUAGAACAAUUUGUUGUACAAACUUGUAUAAUCACGUUAGUCUACGACUCAGAGAUUUUUAGUCACAGGCGAGUUAGCGCUUAUUCCUUCAACAAUAGGAAUCAUCAAAUGAAUACUUUUCUUAGUUCCAAGCGGACCAAUCAAAAACCAAGACAUACAUCGACCUCAAACUGAGUUACUUGAAAAUCUGUCAAACCGGUUGAAUAAAACUAAAACAUAGCGAGCAAGUUAAACUGGCCAAGGCUACGUGGAACUAUUUUUUUCCUAUUAUUAAUAUUAGAAAUACACAAAAGGGAAGAUAAUGAGAAUCCACCGAAUUUUUCAUGAGAUAAAGACAAAAGGCUAUUAAGUCAUCGGUGUUUAUAUAUUUCUGAGUAAGUUAAUGAGAUUCCUGUGCAAAAAAACGGAGUAAAAGAUCGAUACUACACUAAUAGCCAGUGUUUUUUCGGAGAGAUUUAAUACACCGUACCUCCUAUACUUAUGCCUCCUAAGGAUCCUUUUAGAAAGUGGAGUCAAUAUUUCGGACCUGAUUUCAGUCCAAAACAUAGUUAUUUUCUUGUAUGUAGAGUUAAAAUCACUCAAACAAAGAGAAAAAAGAUCCAGAAUUGGAGAAAACAUAGAGUUAAAAUAACCUCCAAACGGGAUUAUUCUGUAUCUAAGAUUUUUACUGCACUUUUGGCGUUGAAAUUACUCUUUUGAAAAUUAUUGUGCAACCCUUGACCAUCAUUCUUACUUCGAUUUCUAUUUAUACUAUUGGCACUAACAACUGAAACAUUACCACACCGUUUCGUGACCAUCUGCGACUUAUUUCCAUGCUGGAGAACUGGUACGACUUAUUACCGCAAAGGCUCUAGGGAUCGUUUAGAGGGACAAUAUUUUAGUACACAGGGUUAUUCUAAACCCUGGUGCAUCAGAGUCUAUAGGAAUUCUUUAAAAAAAAGUGGUUGCAUUUCUGGAAGUGUAAUAAAAAAAAAACUGUAGUUUGGAACAAAAGCAAUUGUAGAGCCCCAUGUUUGUUGACUUCCAUCCUGUUCCACCAAACUCCACAUCCACUCCUCAUCAGACCCACCGCGCAAAUAAUGCUAGCGUUAUAUUCAUAGGCUAAUGAAGAAAAACUUGGUUUGUGUACUGUAUGUGUACUUUAUUGACAGGGAGGUACAGGCAACUAUUGGGAAGCCUCAUCGUAACCUUCUCCUUGUCCAUGGCUGGUUAAUCCCUGAGCCCGGGGUUAUUCAUGUUUUAACGGAAAAGGCCGAUGCAGAUGUGACCACCGCCCUUCAACAGGGUCAGCUUUCGCUGAAGACCAGAAUGAGGAUAGCAUUGGAUGUAAUCAAUGGAGUAAAAGCGGUUCAUAAAGCACUUUAUAUACAUCAGGACAUCAAGGCAGAUUCAGUUUUGGUAUGUUAAGGAAACGUAGAUUUUUUGAUGGAGGAAAUCGUUAGUUGGAAAACGGAGAAGUGAUUAUCAGUUGUUUUGCAAAACUAGUGUUUAUAUUGAACUGGCAGUUCAAAUUUUAACAUGUUAGCUCAAGUUAUCUUCCAAAAUGACAAAAUCUAGAUUUGAACCGAACAAAUUGAACUGCAGAAAAGCACUGAUAUUCUAAAGAACAACUUUGAUUGACAUGUAGCCUGCUGUUCCAGGCUCCAUGGUAAUACUGCAGUCGUUUAGUUUUAUUUUCGUGAGUACGUCCCUACUAUCUGAGAGCCUGGCAAAGGCUAAUUGAAUUGGCGUUAAUACGACUUACAAAAAUUUAGCCGCAAGGGAAAUUUUAAAUAAUUUUAAAUAAUUUUUUUAAAUAAUAAUUUUGUUUCUCAGGUUUAACUGUUUCUGUCCUUUGAGAUGGCUAAUAUUGUGUACCUUUUUCAUAUAAUUCAACUAACAACCCACCCUUGAAUCUGACCACUAAUUAGUAUUUAUUUUUGUGUUUAUUCGUCCGACAACAGCUGAUGAGAGACGGUACAGCAAAGAUUAAUAUGUCUAAACCAGAAAAGCCAUUUGAACGGACGCGGCAGGGAACACCUUUUCAUAUCUCAUUAGAGAUGCAUAAAAACUAUAGUAAAGGUUUGUCAAGCGACUCGUCCUAUGACAUCUAUGCUUUUGGUGUCCUGCUUUGGGUACUUUGCGAAGGAUCUGGGACGCAUCGACCUCGAGCCUACGAUAGGUACAGCACUAUCGCGGCCAUGAAGCUGGCAGUUGAAAGGGAAAUUUAUCCAGAACGCCCCGCCGACACCACUGAUGCUUGUUGGGAAUUGAUGACGAAAUGUUGGCGCCAACGUUGCAUUUUGACAGCGGAUGACGUUUUAAAGGAGAUGGAAGAAAUAUUUCAUAAUUGCGUUCAAUAAUGGCAGAGCAACUUGUGAUGAACUCAACAAAUUAUGACAUUUUGCUUCAGUAAUUAAAAAAGAUUGCUUUCACACAUAGCUGAAGAUUUCAAAAGUACAAAGUGUGCUAUCCAGCUCUUAGAUAUUCGUUGUAAAUUCAAACGGCAUGUAGUGAUAGUACUUCUAAUUCCGCGGAUGCUUCUGAGUCUUGUAGUCUUUUCGUUAACUACGUUAUUAAAUCAUAGAGCUAUGAAUAAGGGCCAGCUUCAUUUCUUUAUAACUGAGGGUGCUGGAGAACGUCCGUUUUUAAGGCGUAUUUUUUAUUACAGGGAUAUAUAUAUAAGCAAAUAAGCAAAGUCAAAUAAAGUUGUACUGU